CCAACAAGGCAACAACCCAACCAGCGACUCAAAAUCUGAGUAUUCCUUCAUUGGUCCGUGGUUUCAAUUCUCAAUCAAGAACACUCACAAUUACAAACCCUUGACCUGCACAAUUGCAUUUGCAUUAACAUUGUCCUUUGGAAUUCCUUCUGCAGUAUUUCCCGUAUUACCAAAAUCAAUCUCCUGUAAUUCUGUGCAAAAUAGUCACAAACAGGAAGGAGUAACAGAGAAGAAAAUGUCACUAACAAAGGUGAAAAUGUCUGAAGAAGUGUGGUUAACUUGUGUUACCCACGCUUUUUCUACUGAAACUGAAGAAAUCAUGGGUCUUCUUCUUGGCGACAUUCACUGCUCUAAAAGUGGCGCAACGACUGCAUUGAUAUGGGGUGCAUCGCCUCAGCCUCGAUCGGAUAGGAAAAAGGACAGAGUGGAGACUAAUCCUGAACAGUUAGCUGCAGCAUCAGCUCAGGCGGAAAGGAUGAGCUCUACAACUGGAAGAAGAACUCGAGUGAUUGGAUGGUAUCAUUCUCAUCCUAAAAUUACUGUCCUCCCAUCCCAUGUUGAUGUGCGUACUCAGGCAAUGUACCAGCUUCUAGAUUCUGGUUUCAUUGGGCUUAUAUUUUCUUGUUUUUAUGAAGACAAGGCUUCUAAGGAUGGAAAUAUUCAAGUCAUUGCCUUCCAGUCCUUGGAUGGGAAGCAGAGCUGCAUAUCAGGACCUCUUGCUUUAUCUCUUGUACAUACGAAUACUAUCGUGGAUGUUGAAUCAUCAUUGAGCUCGAAUAAUGCAUCAAGGUUCUCUGGAAAGACUGAACAACCUGAACAGGACACGGGUGAUUCAAAAACUGCUGUAUAUAAGGCAAUUAAUGCUUUUGGUGAAACUGAUCCCAUGGAUAUGUCUGAUGGUAUGCAAGAAGCGAUGCACCGUUCUCAUUUAGAAAUGAGUGGUGCAGAAUAUAUCCGCAAAGAAAUUCCUCUUCAUGUUCUUCCCGCGUCAUCCUUACUUGAGCUCGAGGCACCAUUGACCUCCUUUACAGAUUUGCAGCGUGUGCUAUAUGAAGAAGAGAAGGCGGCUUAUAACCAAUCCAUAUCCCAGAACAUCAGGGAUGGCAAGGUGCAUCCGCUUACUUUCAUUCACCACACAUCUACAUAUCAAGCUUCAAUGUGCAAGCUAAUGGAGUACUGUCUGGCUCCUGCUAUAGAAGCUCUGGAAGAUCGGCUUCGAGAAAAUGAAUUUCGGUUGGGAAUGUUGACUGAAGAAGCAAAAGUCCUGGAGGAAGCUUCUAAAGGAACUGAAGGAACAAUCGGAUCUCCUCAUCGGUUUGACAGAUAUCGAGGAAGUCCUGCUCGUGCACCUACUGAAUCUAUCAAUACAAGAAGUCCUCUACCAGCUAGUCCUAGUAGCAAAAGCCGAAAAGGAUUCUGAUAAGUCCCAACUAUAAAUCUGCCAAGCCUUUUUCAAUGCGUAUCUGAUUGCUGACGUGGUUCGUUGUAUUAUGAUAAGAUGCAUGCUCAAGAAGGACAACGAACAUCUGACGGUAAAGCUGCCGGAGUUUGCCGAAGUUUUGUUGAUUCUCUCAUCUGAUGUAGUGCUUUGAGCUUUAUAUUUUGAGAUGAUGAAUUGUUAAGGAAGGUUUCUUUUUGAGGAAUACUUGGAUGAAAUAUCCUAUCAAGUAGUAUGAUCCUCCCUUGUUCUGGAGUGCAUUGUAUGGAAGCAGUAUUGUAGCAAAGUUGUAUCAUAUGGAUAAUGUUCUUGUAAUUUGUAAAUGUUGAUAAUCUUGCUAUUAAUGCAAUUGUUUUUCAGGUCA